AUGGCAUCAUAUAUUCCGGCAGCGAUCACGAAGCCCCUUGCCCGCGGCACCGACUUGUUGCGAGGUGCGAUCGGAGGAGUAUCCUGGGGUCCAGCGUUGUCAGUCUCGAAGGCAGCUGUCGACUCUCUGCUCUCCCGCAUCGAAAUCGGACAAUUGAUUAUAAAUGACGAGACCACGGGAGAACGGAUCGUUUACGGGCAGAAGAUUGCUAAGGAGCAUUCCAAAAAGGCCAAUGGCGUGAAUGGAGUUAAUGGUACAAAGAAGAGUGGAGGAGUUCGCAGGGUGGAGAUGAUGGCGAAGAGGGAGGCUUUUUGGGUGCGAUUGUUUUUGUUUGCGGACAUGGGAUUCGCAGAAGCGUUCAUGUUGGGCGAUUUUGAAUGUGCCGAUUUGACCGGUUUCUUCGAGCUUUUCAUUUUAAACCGUAGCCAAUUGGCUAAUGCGACAACAUUGACCUCGUCGAUUGCGGCUACCAUCACAGGACUCGCGCGAAGCACCAAUACAUUAUCCAAUUCACUAUUGAAUGUGUCAGCACACUACGACAUUAGCAACGAAAUGUUUGCCGCUUUCUUGUCAGACGAUAUGACUUAUUCGUGUCCGAUAUGGAAACUCGCUUCGAGCGCGGACGAAGAGGAAGAGAUAUUGGAGGAGGCUCAGAUGACAAAGCUGAAUCGCUUCAUUGAUGGAGCUCGUAUAAAGCCAAGCGACCACGUGCUAGAAAUUGGGACCGGAUGGGGAUCGUUUGCAAUGGAAGCAGUACGAAAAACAGGAUGCAGAGUAACUUCUCUGACAUUGUCAAUCGAGCAAAAGGCACUGGCCGAGAAGAGAAUCGCAGCAGCGGGAUUCGCAGACAGGAUUGAGGUCCUGCUCAUGGACUACCGAGCACUGCCAACUCCCAAGGUGCUGUAUGACAAAGUAGUCUCCAUCGAAAUGCUUGAGGCUGUUGGAAAGGAAUAUCUGGAGACAUAUUUUGGUUGUAUACAUCGCCUCCUUAAGAAGGAUGGUAUUGCUGUCUUCCAAUGCAUCACAAUGCCCGAAGGAAGAUACGAGUCGUACGCGAAAGGCGAGGAUUUCAUUCGAAAAUACAUCUUUCCAGGCGGUCAUCUACCAUCCAUCAACCAGCUCGUCGAAAACAUCAACAAGGGAUCCGAGGGUACUUUGGUAGUGGAGAGGAUCGAGAAUAUUGGUGGCCACUAUGCGAAAACGUUGCGAUUAUGGCGCGAAGCAUUUUGCAGGAAUUUCGAGUCAAGAAUCAGGCCAGCUCUGAUGAUCGAGCACGAGGAUAUGGGCGAGAAAGAAAUUGAGGUUUUCCGAAAGAAAUGGAUCUACUAUUUCGAGUACUGCGCGGCUGGCUUUGCCACAAAGACUUUGGGAGACGUAAUCAUCACAGCUGGCCGUGAAGGAGCAAUGGAGUUAAUGGAGGGUAUUCCCUUAUAG